AUGCCUAUCUUGUCCCCGGCUCCUCGGCUGCAUACACACACCCCAACCGACGCUAAUAUUGACUCCCAUAUAUGGAAUUUUUUGCCUCGUGUCCUUCUCAUCAACUUCUUCAUAGGGUAUGUUUUUGUUCAGUCCGUGUCCGGAGCCAAUCGUCGGAUAUCGGAUAGAAACCAAUUCGUGAACAUAGCUAUGUAUGGCACGCCUACAAUUCCUGGGCAUCUCCUCGUCUUCUACUCUCUUCUCUGCUUCUUUUCGCCUCCUUUCGCGCUUGCACAGACGUUACUGAUCAUGUAUCCCGAUCAUCCCGCUCCUCAGAACAAAUACAAUGACCCUGUUCAUCAAAAUGCCGGCAAUACCGUCGUUGCCCACCAUCCAUAUUACAGGAAUAAAUCAGCCAGAGUCAAGGGUAUGGUGCGUACCCCCCCCGCAGCCUACCCAGGCGGCACGGCCAAUGCUACGCCGUCCUUGGCCCCUCCGUUGCCACCACGAAGAAUUAUGGCGCCCUAUGGUCUCCCUAUAUUGCCUCCUCCAUCCUACCCUCAGUUAUACAACCUUCCUGACCCAGCUCCGUUCAUCCGAGAAAAACUACAAAUUCCGCCCGGUGCACUAAUCCACCUUAGUUCUCUCGUAGAUGAGUCCGUCAGACAUACUAGACCAUCAUAUGAAACAAAGGACCUUGCAGCUGUCGCUAUAUACAGCAGUCUUGACGGAAAGGCCACACAGGCACAAAUCCGAAGUGCGCUCACGGCCCGUUUUGAGUACUUCCGCACUGACAACGCCCUCCUGGAUACCCUCAAAAAUGCCUUGAGUGCAUCUGAUCUUUUCCUCCUUCUUAAGCCUCUCCCGAAUGACCCUGUCACGAGAGGAGGUUUUUGGGUAGUCAAUGUCACCAAUCCUACAGGCCACCGUGCACGCAAGCGGAACACUUCUUCCAAGAUAGGCAGCGGUACCAACUCCGACGUGUCCACUUAG